CUUGUGGCGCUGACUACCCGCUCUCCGCCUGUCUGCCUCCUCUCUCAUACUGACGCUCCUCUCCUUUGCUGCAGCUCACGCGCAAAUACACACUCUCACGCACUCUCUCUCAACCCCAUUUUCGCUGCACUACUGCAAACAUGGCCGAGGCAUUUGUGGGCACAUGGAACCUCAAGGAGAGCGAUAAAUUCGAUGAAUACAUGAAGGAGCUGGGUGUGGGCUUUGCUACACGUAAGGUAGGCAACAUGACCAAACCCACCACAAUUAUCUCUGUGGAUGGUGAUACGGUGACAGUGAAGACCCAGAGCGCCAUUAAGAACACAGAGCUUUCCUUCAAGCUUGAAGAGGAGUUUGACGAGACCACUGCUGAUGACAGGAAGGUUAAGUCCAUUGUGACGGUAGAUAAUGGGAAGAUGGUACACAUACAGAGGUGGGAUGGCAAAGAAACUAGUCUGGUUAGAGAAGUCAAUGGAAACAACCUCACACUGACACUUACACUCGGAGAUGUCGUUUGCACACGUCGCUAUGAGAAGGCGGAGUAAAGCCCUACAUAGAGCAAUGAUGUCAAGACUAGUUUGCAUAAGUCCCAUAACUCCUUCAUACCACUUCACCACAGGCUAAGAAAGUUAUUGCAUGGCUGCUAAUUUUCUCUGUGUCCAAUCUUACUGUACUUUCAGUAUUAACGUUACUGCUGACUGUGACCUCCUUCGUCUCCCUGACCUGUAUUUGUUCUUCCUUCCUCUAAGAAACACUGAAUAAAUUUCAGUCAUUUUUUUUCCUUAAUAAAACCUCUAGUGUGUGUUGUUUUUGAAAAAUAUUCUUUGUACGGUGCAAAAGAGAACACUUAAAAAUUUUGGAAAUAUGAAAGUUUGACUAUUGAGAUCUGAAAUUUUUUUUUUUAAAUAAACGCGUCCUCACUGACAA